ACUUCCUCGCCUCGAACUUGUGCUUCAAGAAAGUUUAACGGUCGCGGAUGAAGUUUGCGGGAGGGGAAGAGUUAAGUGACGUCGGAGGGAGGGAGCAGGAGAGGUUCCCGUUCCCCGGCUGACACCUGAGUGUGAGUCAGAGGCAGCGGGACGUUCGGACCGGCAGGACGGAGGCUCACCCCGCCGAUCCCCCUCCCCGCACGGAGCGGCGGCGCCCUGGGGCGCGGUGCUCAGGACACAGACAGGGAAAUGAGAUUUUCCCGGUUACAGAUCGGCGUGCUGGCAGUGACAGGAUUCGCCCUUCUGAACAUCUUCCUGAACGGGAGUCAGUUCCUGCGCCAAAGUCCGGGAGAGAACCGCAGCUCCAAGAACGCCGUGGACACUCACCUCCCCACCGCCCGAGCCCCUGUCCCCCUGCUGAACAUCUCCGCUGCGUUCAGGAACUUCGUCCCGGUGAAGAAGAGCUUCUGGAACCAAAAGCAGCACCAGCUAUUCCAAACGUUGGAGGGCCUCCGUUCCCGGGGCGCUACUGAGUACGUCCCGCCACAGGAAUGCAACCAGACUGGCCUACAGGCGGAGAUCCCCGACAUACGGACCUACUCCCCGGCCCACAGGGACUUUGCGUACUACAUGAGCUGCAGAGAGCACCCUCAGAAGAUCGACCACCGGGAGAAGUGCAGCGGCAAAGUCUUCCUGCUGCUGGCGGUCAAGUCCACGGCGGCCAACUUUGAGAGGAGGCAGGCCAUCCGCGUCACCUGGGGCAGGGAGAUGAGGGUCGGGGGGGCCCAGGUCCGCACCGUCUUCCUGGUGGGCUCGGCCUCCGACCUGGGUCACGGGCCCGACCUGCAGAAGCUGCUGAACUUUGAGGAUCGCCUCCACGGAGAUAUCCUCCAGUGGGAGUUCAAGGACACCCUGUUCAACCUCACGCUGAAGGAUAACCUGUUCCUCAAGUGGGCCACCGACCACUGCCCCUCCGUCCAGUACGUCUUCAAGGGGGACGACGAUGUCUUCCUCAACACCCACGCGGUCCUAGAUUACCUCCAGUCGCUGAACAGAAACCAAAGCAAGCGGCUGUACGUCGGGCAGACGAUCGCGAACGCCAGCCCUCUGCGCGAUGUGAAGAGUAAGUACAGCAUCCCCGUGUCAUUCUACGAUGGAGCCUACCCGACCUACGUUGGGGGCGGGGGGUUCCUCUAUUCGGGCAGCUUGGUCCGGUCGCUCUACGAGGUUUCACACUACAUUCCCUUCUACCCCAUCGACGACGUCUUCACUGGGAUGUGCUUCAGCGCGCUGGGGAUCAGCCCCCUCCAUCACCAGGGCUUCAGGACCUUCGACGUCGACACCAAACACCGGGCAGACCCGUGCACCUACGCCCGUCUGAUCCUCGUCCACCAGCGCAGCCCCCUCCAGACCAUGGAGCUCUGGAAGAACCUGCAGAACCCCAAGCUCAGGUGCUAGAGCACGCGGAGCCCCCUCCCGGCGCUCCAGGGGCCUGGCGCAUGGCUUCCAUCGGCGAUCUAGACUCUGGAGGGGCAGAGCGAGACGUGCGGUCGACGGCCACACCUGGUGGGAUCGAUGCAGUGAUGAGGGAACUCCCCCGGUGACUUGAGUCUCCACUAGACCACCAAAGACACAGACCCGUGGGUCAACUAGCUCCUGUCUGGGUGGGUGGUGGAAUCCGGGGGAGUUGAUAGGAGUGCGGGGGGAAUCUCUCGAUUACCUGUUCUUCAUUGCUGUUUCAAGCUGAACCCCUGGACCUGGAGGACCGGUUGACCACCCUUUGUCUGACCUCUACCCUUUGGCCUGUUUGGCGUGGGCGACCCUACCCAGAGCCAAAGCAUAAAGCCCCGACUCCAGCCAACAUGGCUCUCCCGGGUUAGUGAGGCACGCGAGCCUCCAAACCCAAUUUCAAGGUUGUGGUCCUCUUGGAAGGUGGGGAGAAUGAAGUUGGCUUACCGUAGGGUUGUUGUAGAAGUGUGUUUGAUGACGGUUGCUGGACAGCUGACCAAAGGGCUUGUCUCCACUCAAAGAUGGGGCUCUUUGGGCACAGAGCCCACAGUAGUCUUCAAACCUGCCUGGCCUUUCCCUCCAUCCUCCUGGCUGGGCAGUGGGGCCGAGUCCAGGGUAGUCAAACCACAGACCCAGUUCUUAGAGCUACAGAGACACACAUGGGAGGGGUGGUGCUAUUUGUCCAUGCGUCACCAGAGGGGGUGGGCAGCUAAGUUAAGGCACUGGCGGAGUGUUGUGGAGUUUGUGGUGGUGGACGACAGUGUCGAGAAUCACCGCCUUUCUGUAGUGUGGGAGCUACCAAGGUGCCUGCCUACUGAUGAGUUUUUCCUCAGUAUUUAAUAUUAUUAUUGUCAAAUUUAAUUUCUCAGUAUUUAAUAUUAUUAUUGCUGAAUAAAUUAAUUCUUUGACAAGUGUUUGUCUUUCUUCCAAUCACUUUGCUGCUCAGCUGAGGC